AUGUUCUCCGUCGUGGUCCCCGGCCGCCCGUGCCUGACAGACAUCGUCGCAGUCGACAGCCAACCCAACGGCCAAGCCACCAAAUUCGCCUUCACAAUCCCCAUCAGCUCCUCCCUCAGCGAAAUAGUUGUCUUCUUCCUCCCAGGAACAAUUUUGCCCCCAAACACCGGCGCAGCAAUCUACGCCCAGCUCCCGGACCCAACAACCAACCAGCCCUCGGACUUCCGCUUCAUCGGCGCACUCGCUAACGAGAAACCCUCUGGAAUCUUCACCGUGCGCCCAGGCAAUGCAGCACCACAGCGCUCAGAAGCCGAAGAAGAAGACGACAUGCUAGACGAGGGCACCGGCUCCGCAGUAAUGACGCUCGGCAUCUCGAUCGAGGAAGUGCAGAAUAUCGCGCCUCAGCUUGCCGCACUCGAGGCGGAGAACUCUUCGGGCCAGAACUCGAUGUCUACUGCGUUGGUGCGGCAGGCUGUUGGACAGCGACAGAUCUCGACGAAGGUUCUCGCGCAGCGCAUUAUUGGGAGCGCAUUUAAUUUCCUCGCUAGCUUUGCUGAGUCGGAUAAGGGCCAGGAUGUUGUGCCGCUCAAGAGCUUCCGUGAUUGGUGGGCGAAGUUCGAGCGUCGCAUUGAGGUUGAUCCUACGUUUUUGGAGCGCGAGGACCCAAAUGCUAAUGCGUGA